AUGGCUGAUGAUCCUUCCAGACCCGUCAAUGAUGACUCUACUGCUACUGCCAUCCUUAGGCAGAAGCGAUCACCCAAUAGGUUGAUGGUUGAUGAAAGUCCUCAGGAGGACAAUAGUGUCGCUAUUCUCCAUCCUAACACAAUGGAAGCUCUCGGUCUUUUCCGUGGAGAUACCAUCAUCGUUCGUGGAAAGCGAAGGAGAGAUACCGUUCUUAUCUGCUUAAGUCAGGAUGACAUAGAAGAGGGCAAGAUUGCCAUGAACAAGGUUGCCCGUGGAAAUUGUGCUGUCAAGCUUGCCGAUCUCGUCCACGUAUCUCCUGCCAACGAUAUCAAAUACGGCAAGCGUAUCCACGUUCUGCCGUUCGCUGAUUCCAUAGAGGGACUCUCCGGAAACCUGUUCGAUGUAUACCUUCGUCCCUACUUCCUGGAAGCCUAUCGCCCGGUCCGAAAAGGCGAUGUAUUCCAAGUUCGAGGUGGUAUGAGAACUGUAGAUUUCAAGGUCGUUGAGGUUGAUCCUUCGCCUUACUGUAUUGUUGCAUCAGACACAGUCAUCCACACUGAAGGUGACCCUAUCGAUCGAGAAGCAGAGGAAGCCGAUUUGAAUGCUGUCGGAUACGAUGAUCUCGGUGGCUGCAGGAAACAACUCGCUCAGAUCCGAGAAUUGGUUGAGCUUCCUUUACGACACCCUCAACUGUUCAAGGCUAUUGGUAUCAAACCACCUCGUGGUAUUCUAAUGUUUGGUCCUCCUGGUACUGGUAAAACUCUCAUGGCUCGUGCCGUUGCCAAUGAGACUGGUGCAUUCUUUUUCCUCAUUAAUGGUCCGGAAAUCAUGUCUAAAAUGGCUGGAGAAUCAGAAUCAAAUCUCCGAAAGGCUUUCGAGGAGGCAGAAAAGAACAGUCCAUCCAUCAUCUUCAUUGAUGAGAUCGAUUCCAUCGCUCCCAAGCGAGACAAAGCUCAAGGUGAAGUUGAGCGACGGGUAGUAUCUCAACUUCUUACUCUCAUGGAUGGUCUUAAAGCACGAUCCAACGUAGUGGUCAUGGCUGCUACCAACCGACCGAAUUCAAUUGAUCCCGCUCUCCGACGAUUUGGUCGAUUUGAUAGAGAAGUUGACAUCGGUAUUCCUGAUCCUACCGGUCGACUUGAGAUCCUUCGGAUCCACACCAAGAACAUGAAACUCGCAGAUGAUGUUGAUCUUGAACAGAUCGCGGCUGACACUCACGGUUAUGUUGGUGCGGACAUGGCAUCUCUGUGUUCCGAAGCGGCUAUGCAACAGAUCAGGGAGAAAAUGGAUCUCAUCGAUCUCGAUGAAGAAACUAUUGAUGCUGAAGUCCUCGACUCACUUGGCGUUACUAUGGAGAACUUCCGAUUUGCCCUUGGUACCAAUAACCCCUCUGCUCUCCGAGAGACUGUCGUCGAAAUUCCUACUACUACAUGGGACGACAUCGGUGGUUUGGACAAGGUUAAACGGGAGUUGCAAGAAACUGUACAAUACCCUGUCGAGCAUCCUGAGAAAUUCCUCAAGUAUGGUAUGUCUCCUUCUAAGGGUGUGCUGUUCUAUGGACCUCCUGGUACCGGUAAGACAUUGCUAGCAAAGGCUAUCGCCAACGAAUGUCAAGCCAACUUUAUCUCCAUCAAAGGUCCAGAGCUCUUGACGAUGUGGUUCGGAGAGUCAGAAGCCAAUGUUCGAGAUGUUUUCGACAAAGCUCGUGCGGCUGCCCCUUGUGUCAUGUUCUUUGACGAAUUGGACUCUAUUGCCAAGUCCAGAGGUGGUUCUGGCGGUGAUGGCGGUGGCGCUAGCGAUCGAGUCCUUAAUCAGAUUCUGACUGAAAUGGACGGUAUGAACGCUAAGAAGAACGUCUUCAUCAUCGGAGCAACCAAUCGACCCGAUCAAAUUGAUUCCGCUCUUCUGCGACCAGGUCGUCUUGAUCAACUUAUCUAUAUACCCCUUCCUGACGAGACCUCUCGAUUGUCUAUUCUCAAAGCUACUUUGCGUAAAUCUCCCAUCGACCCCGCUGUUGACCUCAAUUUCCUCGCUAAAAGCACUGCCGGCUUCUCCGGUGCCGACCUUACCGAGAUCUGUCAGCGUGCUGCCAAACUUGCCAUCCGAGCUAGUAUCGAGGCCGAUAUCCGGAAAGAGAGAGAGCGUAAGGACAAGGCCGAGGCUGAGGGCGAGACUGCAGAUGUGGAUUUAAUGGAUGCAGACAAUGAAGAAGAUGAAGUUCCCUCCAUCACAGUUGACCACUUCGAAGAGGCAAUGCGAUACGCUCGACGAUCCGUCUCCGACGCGGAUAUUCGUCGUUACGAAAUGUUCAGUACUACUCUCCAGCAGUCCAGAAGUUUCGGUAACACCUUUAAGGGUGGACAAGCGCAAGAAGGCGGAGCUAGUUUCCAGAACGAGGCUGAUGAUGACGAGUAA